GUCCGCCUUGCUUCCCUUCCCCAAUUCCAAUCUCAAAUCCCUAAUCCCCUCUCCUAUAAAAACCCCCCACUAUCUUCCCCACCAAAUCACUUCAAUUCUCUCAUCUUCCAUCUCAAUCAAGCUUUUCUCUUCUUCAAUUUUCCAUUGAGAAAAUGUCAGGUCGCGGCAAGGGAGGCAAGGGAUUGGGCAAGGGAGGAGCCAAGCGUCACAGGAAGGUCCUCAGGGAUAACAUCCAGGGCAUCACCAAGCCUGCUAUUCGCCGUUUGGCUCGCAGAGGCGGCGUCAAGCGUAUCUCCGGUCUCAUCUAUGAAGAGACCAGAGGCGUCCUCAAGAUCUUCCUUGAGAACGUCAUCCGUGACGCCGUCACCUACACCGAGCACGCCCGGAGGAAGACUGUCACCGCCAUGGACGUCGUGUAUGCUCUCAAGAGGCAGGGAAGGACCCUCUAUGGUUUCGGAGGUUAGGGUUUCUGGAGGAGAAAGUCUUGCUGUCAAGAAUAGUGUUGGGAUCUGGUGUUGGUUUGGUUUAUGGAAGUAGUGUUAUCAAGUGUUUUAGGGUUUCUAUGGUUUUUAAUUUGUAAUUAGUAGUCUGGUUUAGGCUUCUGGGAUUUCGAAUGGGUUUGUGCUAGUUUAUGAUUUGCAAUUCCUUCUCUGGAUUGCAGUUUCUGAAUGAUAUUGAAAAGCCUGUUCCUUU